AUGUGCUCCGACCUCUUUGCCACCGAAACUCGGGCGUAUGUUGUUUUGCAGUCGCUUCAGGGGAAGCAGAUUCCAAAGCUGUACUCCACUGUGACCUUACCACUCGACACUGGCUCUCAGGUCGUUUCAAGCAAGGCAGGCGCAGAGAACUUUUUGACCAUCAGUGGCAUCCUCAUCGAAUACAUCAGCGGCCCGACGAGCUCGGACAUGGCAGAGGUCAUUCCACGGGAGAGCUGGCAGGUCCUCAUCGACCAGGCGGUUCAAAUCGUGCGCAGUUAUUCGCGCCUGGGCAUAUUGAACAAAGAUUCUGAGGCAGAUUGGGGGAGGGCGAAAUCGGGCGAAGACGAAGAGGGUGCUAUUGGAGCGGUUAUGACGACGAGACUGGCGAAACUGGACUUCCAACUGGAAUACACGCCUUCGUAUGAGUGGAUCCAGUAUGCGGCGCGGGAAUGA